AUGGGAUGCGGAGUCUCUACUAUAGCUCUAGUCCUAUUUUUGCUUGUUUAGGAGCAACACCUUUGUCUAUUGAAUAGGCAACGAAAAUACCAAUUUCUCUUACAUGUAUAAUUGAAAAUUGGCAAAUGCAAAUUAUAGCUUAUAUUUUUUAAUUUUUAACUACUACCCCUUUCAUGAUAUACAUAAAAAUGUGACGAUAGAUCACCCGACCUCUCGACCCUUUCCUCAACAGCAGCAGGCAACGGCCCAGUGUUGAAGAUUUAGGCGGAAAGGGGCCGGUAAUCCUUUAUGAAUACUCGGGCUGGGGUUUCCUCGGGUCCAGGGUGCUAAACCCUGGACUUAGAGUUUUUCCUCCAGUACAACCAUUGGAAAUGGCAAGGUCGUCCAUGGUCUGAGUGGCAAUAUAACCUUCAGACCCUGAAGACGGUAUUGGCCUAACGAGAAACUUAGAGUUUCGACCCAGGUGGUUGGCCCUUAGACUCAGCAGCCAUGGAAGUCAAGACUGGUGUGCGAAUCCCGUGUUUGCGGCAAUAAGGAAGGGUGUCCACCGGGAUCCUCAGGGAUGAUGAGCGUGUAGGGGUGCAAAUCCCUGGCCCUGCAAGAGUGAACGGCUUAACUUAAUCUUAAUCUUAACUACCCAUUUCAUAAAAUUGGCAUUUUCUUGGUCUAUUAAAUAGUCACAAGCAUUAUGCUAAAGAAUCUUUAAGGAGUCUUAAGCUAUAAUAAUAAUCACCAAGACGCAGAAAGCGAAGAAUCCUCAAUCGAUCAGUCAGUUGCAGAAGUAAUAGUAAGCAACUUAAACAAAAUAAAAAGUGCAAGAAAUUGCCGAAAUUCUUUCCUUUUCAAAUCUCAAGGCGGGACUUACUGUAUUAAUAUCACUCAAGCUAAAACACCAGAAACAUCAUUAGCCUUUGCCUACAACAGGGACUCAAACAACAACACCACAUAA